AGAAUGGUUACAUGUACAUGAAUGACGAAAUAAAAAGUGAUGUUGAAAGAUGUCUGUCUGUCUGUCAAAAAGUACUCUGCGUCAGACAUUUCUAUGGAUGAUACUGGUAGCCUGCUUAUCUUCACUGGUAACUUACCAUAUUGGACUGUUACUACCAUGGGUAGAAACGAACCAGGCUUCAGAUCAGGUCCAGCAACAUGUAAGAAUGAAUCGUAUGCUGAUGAAAGAAGUUAAUUCAAAAGAGACUGGCACUGAUGACAGAAUAUAUGAAAAUAAUGGCAGGCAAAAUUCCUUGAGGAAGUUAUCUGUUAAUCAGCAUCACAGUACACAGAGCUCCACUAUACUGGCCAAGUUGAAACAAAUUGAAAGCAGACUACAGAGUAUAUCUGCAUACAGAACUGUACUGACAUUAGGUCUGACUAAAAACCAAACACAAUUUAUAAAGGAUGUGUUCUCUAAACAUAAUUAUACAGUGUUUACAAAAGAUGAAACAACUGAUACAAAAGGAAACUGGUCUGUAGUAUGGACGGCAAGUAAAACUGAUAUAGAAAAUAGACAUGAUGUCUAUACCAAGUACAACCACAUACCAGUCCUACAUCAAGUUAUCAAACAGCCAGAAUAUAUCUGUUACCUACAUACAGUCUAUAGUAAAGUUACAGAGAGUCAUAAUACAACAUGCUAUGACAAACAACCAGCCUUAGAAAACAACAUGGAACUCCAGUCUAGUUAUUUAUUGUACGAUGAACAGAAAGGAAUUCAGACCAAACAUGGAACAGAUUUAAGAGAUGCGAGGUACAAAGGUAGACUUUGGCAUAGUGACAACAGUUUAUUGAAGAAGAAUGGUACUAUCAUCCAUAUGCAACUAAAAGUAUAUGUGGCAGCCAUGUUUCCUGUAAGACUAUACAUCUACUCUGGAAAUGAACUGGAAAAAAUUAAGACAUACAUAUCAGAUAGUUUCGGUGAAACUUCAGAGGCCAUUUGGUGGAAAAACCUGAAGCAGUCUAUUUUUGUUAGUUUACUGACAUCAGAAAAUUUAGCAUUGAAACUGAAUCUACAGUACAAUUACAUAUAUAACCAGUACACACAGUUAUUACAGUACCAUGUGAUUUUCACAUCAAAUUUCCAUCCAAUCAUAUUAAAGGUUUGUAUACAAUUUUUACAUAGUCUAGAAAAACAGUUCUACAAGAACAUAGUGAACCUUUUGCCUCAGAGUGACAGUUUUGAUAUAGUAAAAGAUACUGUUUCACUAAUGAUUACCAAGGAAACAGUUGGAACGGAUGUAGCUGUUGCUCUUGGUGAAAGUGGCAGGGAUAUUAUACUGGAUCGGCAGAAAUGCAGGAAUGGUUAUGGUGUGUGUUUACUGGAUUCUGAUCUGAUUUAUCUUCUGAAAAGUGCACAAGAGAUUCAAAAAUUAGGACAGUUUAUUAAGGUGUAUCCUUCACUGUCAGAUGAUUACACAUCAGAUCUCAUCAGACUUCAGCAGAUCUGGAUGAAUGAAAGAUCUCUACACACACUUAAUCAACAGAUCAAGGAACAUCGUAUCCCAGAGUUCCAUUCUACAGCAGACAUACACUCUCUCCUUCAUCAAGUGGAGAGUCACUUAUCUGCAGAAGUGGAUUAUGUUGAGGAAGAUUUACUCAGAUCAAACUUGGUUCCAAGCUCAAACUUCCGCAGACAUCUAAAGAGUAGUGAUCAGAAAGACUACACAUUAUCUGAUGAGGAAGGUGCAACAUUACUAAGUCAUCUGGAAGUAUAUCCAACAAUUGACCUUCACCUUGACCCAUACAAGAUGAAUUAUAACAUUACAGUGAACUACAACAUCAUAAUGUUACAUUUUGAUGUCAGAACUAAAGACAGUAAAACUGAAGCUAGAUUUGACAACAUAAGUGGUUUAGUCAGUAGGAGUAACUUCACAAUAGGACUUGGAGACAAUUUAAUUAAGAUACAUGUAGUGGAUAUUAGUAAAAGAAAACCAGUUAUAAUAAAUACCUACACAUUCAAUGUCUAUAGAAAAUAUGGAGGACAGACAGGGAUUCCUAGUACUGUACUGAAAACAUGUGUUCUUAAACAGGAUUGUACACUGAAGUUUCUGCCUGAUCAAAACUGUGGAUUACAACCAUCUGCUCAAUAUACAACAUGGAACCAGUUUAUUUUAGAGUCAAACAAGAAACCCUAUUGUAACAAUUAUCAAGAUUCUUUAGAUGCUGACUGGAAAGUACCAUGUUAUUCAUGUGCAGAUAGAGAAAGUUGCUAUUGGCAACAAGCAAGAUGGCAGCCAUCAUCAUGCCAGCACAGGAAACGUAGCACUGCAGAAGUGAAGAAAUGUUUUGUUGGAAAGAAAGUUUUAUUCAUUGGAGAUUCUACAAAUCGUGGUAUCAUGCACUAUAUUUUAGAAAAGAUAAAUGGAACAUUGUAUGACUGGGAUAAAACACAUGAUUUAAAACUUUACACCAGUAUUAACAAUCGACAGACCUUAAUGAGUUUUGCAUAUUACCCACAAUUCUGGUUGCCUAACAAUCAUAGACCAGGAUUUGACAAAGCUGUGUAUCAACUUAUUAAAUGGACAUCACCUUUAGAGAAUAACACUAACACUGUAUUGGUGGUAGGAGGAGUCCAUUGGCUUGGAAAACCACACAUUAAUGUCAUAUGGAAGGCAUUGAAAAGGGAAGGAUUGACAGGAAUCACAUUGGUAAUGAAAGGUCAUGGAGCUGGUUUUCAUCAGCAUGUAGAAGGUGUACACUUUGCAUCACAAUACCAUCAAGAGAAGUUAGAGAUACAAGAAAGAGAAGUAGGCAGAUAUGCUUCUAGAUAUGGAUUCCAUGUUAUACCUACAUUUAAUAUGACUAUGUCUAGAUAUAAAGAUUUCUUACAAGGAAAAUGUGCUUGUCAUUUUCAUAAGGUUACCACGACAACAAAUAGAAAGGGAAUUAAGCAAUACCACAUUGAAGGUGACAUCAAUGCUGCCUACUCAGAGUUAAUGAUAAAUGCAAUAUGUCAGCGUCAUCCUGGAUGAAAGGCACAGUUUCAGUAAAUCAGGAUAAAUAGCUUGGAUAAUGUCAUUAAAACUUAAUCACAUGAUCUCAAGGAAACGAGCACUUCAACUAAAGGUGUGCAAAAGUACUCAAAGUCUUAGUCACUUGGUUCUAGUCAACAAUACUUCAAAAUGAUGUCAGCGCAACAGUUAAUUACAAGACUUGAAGUAAAGAGAAUCUUCAGUACAUUAUGAUUGAUGAAUGUACUUGUGACUGUAUAUUUGUUCCGCAUAAUAUAUGUUCCACAUGGAACAAAAGAGUAUAUUACAAAAGUUUCUGAGAACUAAAAUUACAUGAUAUUUAUUCCUUCUUCAUAAAAUAAAUUCCUUGAACUUAAAGCCCUAUCAAAUUUGUUCCUAGAAUGACUGGAAAUAAUACAAUAGAGUGAUUUAAAAGAUACAUGUUUAUCAUGUGAUUGUUUACACCUGAGUGCAUUUUAGAAUUAAUCACCUGUACAUGUAGUUUUAAACAUGCAUGAUAUUUUUCAUAAAUGAAGGUUAGAAGCAAUUUUACAUUUAUAAGCAUUUAUUGCAUAUAGUUUUUGAACGUAAAAUGUUUUGUUUCUCCAAACUUUAAAAGGAAAUUCCUUAUAAAUAAAUUUUCAUUGAAUAUCUGUUAAAAUAAAUAUUCCGGGCUAUUCUGUUACAUAAUAAAUAUUCCAGGAACUUCUCUUACACAAUUAUUAUUCCUGGAAAUUCUGUUACAUAUAUAUCAUCAUUAUCCAAGGAACUACUCUAAUAUAAAAAUUAUUCCUGGUAUUUCUAUUACAUAAUUAUUAUUCCAGGAACUUCUCUUACAUACAAAUUAUUCCUGGAAUUUCUAUUACAUAAUUGUUAUUCCAGGAACUUCUCUUACAUAAAAAAAAAGUACAGAGUAUUUAUUUCCAUAACUGUUUACUGUCUUUAAGUACUUGAACGGUAAAAGAAGUAAUUAUAUGAAGAAUUACUAUAUGAUAGUAUAUCUGUGGUAUUCUAGUCUACUAUCAGUUCAUGACAUAUUUGGGUGUUCGAGGAGUGGGGUCAUGUCAUCAAAAAAUAAAAACCUCCAUUAGGUUGCUUUUUGUCUCUUCUACAAAAAUAAUUUGGGUAUGUAAGAAAAUUUUUACUUAUAAAGUGAGGAUUGAUAAAAUGGUAUAUAGCAUCUUAGACACACUCAUCAUAGUAAUUACACAAAUUUGCAUGGAAGUUAAUGAUGAUGAAAACCUGUCCAAGCAAUCAUCCUAUCUCAAUCAUCAUUACAGUAUUAUGUUACAGUGGUCAGGUUAGGAAUAGGUCAGUUCCUCAGUAAAUUUUAAGAAAUUUUUUGUAUAGUGGCUUUCAAGGAAUAUAUAUUUGUGGGAUAUAUGCCAUAUUGUCUUGACCUAAUUAUCAUGCUCCAGUGAUCAUUUAAGUUUCUGAAUUAGGUCUGUUCCUUAGUAGUUAUACAUGAAAAAUCAACAAUAUUUAGUGUGCAGAUUGGUUGUGAGCAGUAGUCAUCCAUCCAACAUACAUAACAUAACCUCGACCUCAUUUUCAUGCUUGAUUGGUCUGGUAAACUUUAACUUUAUUUAAAUAUAUUUAGUGUUUAGAUUUGAUUUGAUUUGUGUAUGUUGGUCUGAUUUAUGACAUAUGGCUUUAACAUCAUUUUUAUGCUCCACAGGUCAGGUUAAAGGUUUUGAAUUAGAUCUGUAUCUCAGAAAAAAAGAGAGGCAAAAGAUACCAAAGGGGUGGUAAAAAAUCUUUAGUCCUAGAAGAAGCAACAAUACCAUGACAAUAAAACAACAAAAAAACAAACAACAGUCUUAAAAUCUACAUGGAAAACUAAAGAAAUUAUACAUGAUAGGCAUGAGAUAUGUUGUAUACUACAUUUAUAUAAACAUGAGGCCUGACACUUUUCAUGUGACCUUGACCUUAGUUUGAAAGCACAUGGCUCUCUAAAAUAAUUCAAAUAUUGCUUCAGGUGAACUUUUGUCCUACAUCCUGACAUUUAAACCUUCAUUAGUUUUUUAUAUGCCAUAUUUAGGACAUUUUAUAAUUUAAUGGUUCAUUCAGACUAACUAUAAGAAAUGAAAAUAGCAGCAACAAUCAAUUCUUGUUAUUUGAAGGUCCUACAGUUUUUAUUCGCCAUUUUGUUAAAUGUGUAAACAAUACUGAUGGUUUUUUAAUCAAAAUCAAAACUUUUUAGGGUUAUUUUUUCCAAAUGGAUAUGUUUAUGGGGAAGGCAUCUAUGAGUGCUCUUAAGAUUAAGAAUUAAUCAUUUUACAGAUAACCAUUUGUUUUUAAUUCUUUCUUGUUUUAAAAGAGCCUUGUCCUUCAUUUAUA